CCCUUCCAGCCCUGCUUCUCUGGGGAUGUGUGGUUCAGUAAUGCAUUCAGAGGAGGUUCUUGUUAGCUUCUAACUCUGAAUCUCUCUUUUCCCCCUCCAGCCAGGUCUGAAGCUCUCCAGAUUUUUGCCUCCAACUUUGUUGCUUUUUGCAGUGGCACUGGGGUACCCUGGAAAAGCACCAACCUUCCUGCUACUUGGUGCAGACUUGCUGGCACCUCUCCAGGAUGUGGGCCCAAAAGGACUCCAUUUCAAAGGUGUAAAUCUCUGAUUUGAGCAAGAGUCUGAAAGUGAACUUUUGGAGGAAAAGGGAGAAGUGACUGAGCAAAGGUGCAAGAGCAUCAGAGAAAAAGAAUAACUAGUGGUGAGACCUGAGGAGGAAAGAAGAGUGACCAGGAAAACUAGCAAGAUGUCAUCUUUACCUAGGAGAGCAACGUCUACAGCAAAACCAGUGAUCUUGGAAGAGGAUGAAUUACCUUCCUUUCUUAAAUCUAACUCUGAAUCGGAGGAGGAGGAGGAAGACGAAGAGGAGGAAUGGGAACCGAAACGCAAAACUGCAAGGAAGCCUAGGCUGCCAAAGACAAAUGAAUCAAAACCUAAAAAAGUUGCUGCUCCACGGUCAACUGGAGUUAGGAAAAGGGCUGGGAAGACAGCAGUAAAGGGAGAACCAGAUUUAUCUUUGCCUAUUGAUGCUGGUGAAGACAGUAAAGGUGGAUUGCAGCUUUUACAGCCUAAAGAAGACAGACCCACCAAACAGAAAACCGCAACUAAAAAUCGAAAAGUGCCUAUGGGAGCAAAAAUUAAUUCAGUUCAGAAAACAAGCAUAAGCAACUUAGAGAGUGAUGAAACACCCUCAACAAGUGCUCCUCUGGGAACUGAAGUGAAGCAGGAGAAAUCUGAAGAAGACUUCACAUUUGAUGAGCCACCUUUAAAAAGGAUAAAAUCAGCAACAUGUCCUCAAGGAAAUCCAGUAAAACAUCCCGGAAGCACCAAAGUGAAAGAGGAAUUAGAAAUGAAUUGGGACAUAGUGCAGGCCUUGGCAGAAAGGACAAACAUUGAACCGUGGGUAUGUGCAAAUAUAAUUCGCCUUUUUAACGAUGAAAACACAAUCCCCUUCAUUGCGCGGUACCGAAAAGAACUGAUCAAUAAUCUGGAAGCUGAUGCCUUGCGAGAAGUACAGCAAACACUGGAAGAACUUCGUACUGUUGCGAAAAAGACACAUGGGACAAUACAGAAGUUAAAGAAAGAAGGAAAGCUAUCAGGAAGUCUAUUAACAGCCUUAUUGAACUGCAGAACUUUGGAAGAAUUAGACCAUGUGUAUGCACCAUAUAAAACUGGAAGCAAGGGCACCAAAGCCCAAAGGGCUAAACAGCUGGGAUUAGAACCCGCUGCUAUUUCUCUCAUUGAAAACCCAGGAGAGCUCAACCUGUUUUCUUACGUCAAACCUAAUGUUAAAGGCCUUUCCACUGUUCCCGAAGUAGAGGCUGGAGUGCAGCAUAUCUUGGCUGACAUGUUUGCAAAAGAUAAAGAUACACUGGAUUUCAUCAGAAUAUUAUGUCAACAAAGGUAUAUUUGUCUCCAGUCAGCUUUGGCAAAAGUGUCAUCCAAAAGUGUCAAUGAGAAGGAUGUUGAUAAAUUUCAACUGUACCAUAAUUUUUCAUGCAACAUAAGGAACAUCCAACAUCAUCAGAUUCUGGCCAUUAACCGAGGGGAAAAUCUGAAGAUACUGACAGUGAAGGUCAAUGUUCCUGACGGGGUGAAGAAUGAAUUCUGUAGGUGGUGUGUCAAUGAAAGAUGGCGACCAAAACGCUAUGCAAAACCAGAGUUAAUGAAGAUACUGCAUAAUUCAGUAGAAGAUUCAUAUAAACGGCUUAUUUAUCCUCUUCUCUGUAGAGAAUUCAGAUCAAAAUUAACAUCUGAUGCAGAAAAGGAAUCCGUAAUGAUGUUUGGAAGAAAUCUGCGACAGUUGCUGCUGACAAGUCCUGUCAGAGGCCGUACUUUGAUGGGAGUUGACCCUGGGUACAAACAUGGCUGUAAACUGGCAAUCAUUUCACCAACCAGUCAGAUACUCCAUACUGAUGUUGUCUACUUACAUUCUGGACAAGGAUUCCGUGAAGCUGAGAAGAUAAGAAGACUUCUUCUUCAAUACAGCUGCAGCACUGUUGUGAUUGGCAAUGGGACUGCUUGCAGAGAAACAGAAGCUUAUUUUGCUGACUUAAUUAUGAAAAAAUAUUUUGCACCACUGGAUGUUGUUUAUUGCAUUGCCAAUGAAGCAGGAGCAUCUAUCUACAGUGUCAGUCCCGAAGCUUGUAAAGAGAUGCCAGAUUUAGACCCUAAUCUCCGAAGUGCAGUUUCCAUAGCUAGACGUGUACAAGACCCAUUAGCUGAGCUAGUGAAAAUUGAGCCCAAACACAUUGGAGUUGGAAUGUAUCAGCACGAUGUAUCGCAGACUUUGCUCAAAGCAACCCUGGACAGUGUGGUUGAAGAGUGUGUCAGCUUUGUAGGAGUUGAUAUUAACAUCUGCUCAGAAAUACUAUUAAGACAUAUUGCAGGACUGAAUGCUAAUAGGGCUAAGAAUAUAAUUGAAUGGCGAGAGAAGAAUGGACCAUUUAUAAAUCGGGAGCAGCUAAAGGAAGUUAAAGGACUGGGUCCAAAAACCUUUCAACAGUGUGCUGGCUUCAUCAGGUUUAACCAAGAGUACAUAAAAGCCUUUUGCAGCAGUCAGCAAAAAGAGCUUAUAGCAAAAGGCCAUGCAGGUGUUCAAAUCACAAAUGCGAAACAAGGCAAGAAGAGAAGCAAACCAACAACAAAUGUGAUGCUACAGCCAAAUCCUUUGGACCAAACUUGUAUCCAUCCAGAAUCAUACAACAUUGCAAUGAGGUUUUUAACAUUCACUGGAGGAAAUCCAAAUGAUAUAGGAAAACCUGACAUGCAACAAAAAGUAAAUUCAGUAAUUCAAAAGGAAGGAACAGAAGGAGCAGCAAAAAUGCUAAACACAACAGUACAUACACUUCAGUUGAUCAUUGAUGGCCUGACUCAGCCCGAAGGCUUUGACAUCCGAACAGAUUUUGAUAAGCCUGAUUUCAAAAGAAGCAUAGUCUGCCUUGAAGACUUAAGUGUUGGUGCUGUUCUCACAGGAAAAGUAGAGAACGCUACUCUCUUUGGAGCUUUCGUUGAUAUCGGUGUGGGUAAAUCAGGGUUGAUUCCAAUUAGGAACAUAACAGAAGCAAAACUUUCUAAAGCAAAGAAGAGGAGAAGUCUUGGUUUAGGUCCUGGAGAAAGAGUAGAAGUUAAAGUGCUCAAUGUUGAUAUCCCUCGAUCAAGGAUAACUUUGGAUCUUAUUCGUGUUUUAUGAAGAUUUUCUUUUUUUUUUUUACCAGUUACCAAACAUUUCAUUUUAAAAGUUCAGUAUUGUCCCCAGUGUUCGAAAGAUUACAGUUCAAGCAUUUAUUGAUUAAAUUGGAAAUGCUGGGAUUAGUCCAACUUUUAAAAUCUUCAGUCUCACUUUUUUUAUUCCACAUUUCCUUACUCCCUCCUUUUAACAGUCACUGGCGGUGGCUAUUAACUUAAAGUAGCCUCCUAAAUAAAUAUCCCAAUAUGCUGCCAAAACAAGUCUUUCACCUGUUUUGUUCUCAAGCAGCCGUUGGUCAGUAUUGUUCCGCCAGAUUCAUCUACUUUUGUUCAGAAUGAAAAACAGGCAUAUCAUUGGCCUGCUUUCCUGCUGUUUUCUGAAGAAGGACUUAAAAGUUGUACCUUGUGGUAGUUAAGGCAGCAUCUUUGAAAUGGACUUUUGUGUUAUUUAUACUUGACAAUUAGACCAAGCAGCAUAUAAGCCUAAA